AACAAGUUUCUUGCUUCAACAGUGAUUGAACGGAGCUCUUCUGCCUUCCUCCCGUUGUUCCAAUUAAUCGCUAAUCGCAAAAUAGUCAAAGAAACUCUGUACCAUUCUCUCAAAAUGGAGUCUCAGAUCCGCCAGAACUACCACCGUGACUGUGAAGCAGCCAUCAACCGGAUGAUCAGCUUGGAGCUGUUUGCUUCCUACACCUACACAUCAAUGGCUUUCUAUUUCUCCCGUGACGACGUGGCUCUGCCUGGCUUCGCUCACUUCUUCAAGGAGAACAGCGAUGAGGAGCGUGAGCACGCUGACAAACUGCUCUCCUUCCAGAACAAGAGAGGUGGGCGCAUUUUCCUGCAGGACAUCAAGAAGCCUGAUCGUAAUGAGUGGGGCAGUGGGCUGGAGGCCAUGCAGUGUGCUCUGCAGUUGGAGAAGACUGUAAACCAGGCCCUGCUGGACCUGCACAAGAUUGCGGCAGACAAGGUCGACCCCCAUCUCUGUGACUUCCUGGAGACUCACUACCUUGGUGAGCAGGUAGAGGCCAUUAAGAAGCUGGGCGACUACAUCACCAACCUCACCAAGAUGGAUGCAGCCAACAACAAGAUGGCGGAGUACCUGUUUGACAAGCAUACCCUGGGGAGCCAGAGCUAAAUAACGUCAAUGCCCCCAGGGUCCUGUCUGCAGCUGCUUCACUGAUCUUUCCUGCUGACUUUUCAUCUAUAAAAACAGAAGUGUGUUGAUUAACAGUUGCAAAGCAGUGAAGAACAGCUAAAAUGUUGACACCUUUGGUUUGAAAACACCACAUUAGAUUCAGGAGGGAUUUUAUCUGUAAAAAAAAAUUACUGACAUUUUUGGGGUAGUAGAUGUAUAAGUCGAUUCAAGCACUUUUCUCUUUGAUCCCAACAUACUAACUGAUACAACAGGUCUAACUGAUACAUUUCUUUAAUAAAAAAUUCUGAGCUGGA